UCAUCAAUACUAUUUGCAGUGCUCCUUCAUUUGCUCUUUCCCCAAAGCUUUUAGUACCUAAGCCCAAUUCUCCCAAUUUUUAGAAAGGACAUAAAAUAAACAAAACCAAACAUCAUGUGUUCAUCCGAGACUAAACUGCAGGCGGCUCCGAAUGUUCUUCAACCCAACCGCAACAGAGUCUCUCUGUUGGAGCGGCGCAGUUCCCUUAAAAAGCCCUCCUCCGCCGCGGUGCUGCCCCUUCCGCCGCCGUCGCGGGCGGCGGCGUCAUUGACCACCACUCCUCCGGCGUCUCCCAAGAUAAAGUCGCCCAGACAGCCCGCAGUGAAGCGGUCAGGGAACGACCCCAAUGGCCUCAACUCUAGCGCCGAGAAGGUUUCCACUCCGAAGCCGUCGUCAGCAACCUUGUUGGCAAAGAAGUCCAAGAAAGGCGGCGGCGCCGGUGCGCCGGCGGCGGCCGUGAUGGUUGACGAGCCGGGAAGCAUAGCGGCGGCGAGGAGGGAACAGGUCGCAAUCAUGCAGGUGCAGAGGAAAAUGAAGAUUGCUCACUACGGAAGAACCAAAUCCGCCAAGUAUGACGGAAAGGUGGCUUCCGGCGACUUCUCAGCCGCCCCCGCCGCCGCAACGGCGGUUGUCCGUGAGGAGAAGAGGUGCAGCUUCAUCACACCCAAUUCGGACCCCGUCUAUGUCGCUUACCAUGAUGAAGAAUGGGGAGUUCCUGUCCAUAAUGAUAACAUGUUGUUUGAACUAUUGGUGUUAACUGGUGCACAAGUUGGAUCAGAUUGGACAAUUGUCUUGAAGAAAAGGCAAGAUUUCAGGGAUGCAUUUUCAGGGUUUGAUGCAGAAGCAGUUUCAAAAUACACAGAGAAGAAGAUAACUUCUGUAAGUGCUGAAUAUGGCAUAGAAUUGAGCCAAGUGAGAGGAGCUGUUGACAACUCUAUCAGAAUUCUUGAGGUCAAGAAGCAAUUUGGGUCAUUUGAUAAUUACCUAUGGGCAUAUGUGAACCACAAGCCAAUUGCCACACAGUACAAGUGGUGCAACAAGAUUCCGGUGAAGACCUCAAAAUCAGAAGCCAUAAGCAAAGACAUGGUGAAGAGAGGGUUCCGGUACGUCGGUCCAACCGUCAUCCACUCGUUCAUGCAGGCCGCCGGCCUUACCAACGACCACCUCACCACCUGCCCGCGACACCACCCGUGCGCCGAGCUGGCCGCUCCCCAACGUCCCUCCACCACCCCCUCAAUCUAAAUCAACUGCCUUCAACAAAUCAUCGUGACUUAUUAUCAUGAUUGACUAAUUAACACUAGAUAGUUGUACUUUUUGGUUUGAUAUGAUGCAAGUAGUUUGAAGUUGUAAUAUGAUUUGGGAGGUGUGACAUGCAUAUUAUAUUCUUAAUUAAGAUAAAGAUGUAAUUAAGUAAAAUAAGAGUUGGGGGGGGGGGGGGGGGGGACAGGUUGCAUGUGCAAUGGGGGCAGGGGAAUGGUUAAAGGCAUGUGUUUGGUGCAUAUGCCUUUCAUUUAUUCUCUUGACUGACCCCCACAAACCUCUAUUAUUAAUUUCUUGCCCCCCCUGCAUGUACUUUGAAGAGAAGAGAAGAUAAACAUUCUCAUCAUCAGAGCAGAGAAAAGGAGGCUCUUUUGGGACCCACUCCUUCAUUUCCUUAAAUUAUUUUAGGAAAAAAAUUGAGGAAAAUAAUAAUAUAAAAAGACAUGUAUAGAGAUGGAGUGGUUGUGGUUGUGGUGUUGUUGCUCAUCCAUCCAUCUUGCUGAUCUCUUCUAACUUUUUACCAGCUUAUUAGGGUCAGAGUUAUGGGCAAACACAAAAGUUUGUGUUGGUGGAAUAAUAUCAUGUACCACAUUAUCUUUUGUUUUUGUGUUUUUUCUAGUGUGAAUUUUGGUGUGUUUUUGGAUCAUAUUUGAUAUUUCCCAUCUUCUUUUUUUUGGUUGGGGAUUGUAAUGUUUUGGAUGAUGUUCUAUAUAAAUAAGUGGUUUGUUUUGUUA